AUGUUUUUCCAUUUGGUGCUCGUAGCGUUUGUCGCUAUCGGCACUAGUGCGGCCGGCAUUGGCAAGAAAUACCCACUUUCUGCCAAAUUCAUCGAAGAAAUCAACACAAGAGCUACAACAUGGCGAGCCGGGCAAAACUUCCAUCCGGAUACUUCCCUCAGAUACAUCCGUGGCCUGAUGGGUGUUCACCCGGAUGCAGACAAAUUCCGUGAGCCAGAACUCGUACACGAGCUGAACGACACAGACGACCUGCCGGAAAACUUCGACUCCCGUGAACAGUGGCCCAACUGUCCGACGAUUCGCGAAAUCCGUGAUCAAGGAUCGUGCGGUUCCUGCUGGGCAUUCGGUGCUGUCGAGGCCAUGUCGGACCGCGUUUGCAUCGCUUCGGGAGGCAAGAUUCAUUUCCGCUUUUCGGCCGAAGAUCUUGUCUCUUGCUGCCACACCUGCGGCUUUGGUUGUAAUGGAGGAUUCCCUGGCGCUGCCUGGAGCUACUGGGUGCGAAAGGGAUUGGUGAGCGGUGGACCAUUCGGAUCGAACAUGGGUUGUCAACCGUACGCAAUUGCUCCGUGCGAACACCACGUCAAUGGAACGCGACCAUCCUGCGAGGGCGAAGGUGGAAAAACACCCAAAUGUGUGAAGAAAUGUCAGGAGAGUUACAGCGUACCCUACCAGAAGGAUAAACGCUACGGUGCUUCAUCGUACUCGAUCGCACGCCACGAAGCACAAAUCCAGAAAGAAAUCAUGACUAAUGGACCGGUAGAGGGCGCAUUCACCGUGUACGAAGAUUUGCUGCACUACAAAGAGGGCGUUUAUCAGCACGUAACGGGUAAAAUGCUCGGCGGUCAUGCUAUCCGCAUUCUGGGAUGGGGCGUGGAAAAUGGCACCAAGUACUGGCUGAUUGCUAACUCCUGGAACAGUGACUGGGGCGAUAAUGGUUUCUUCAAGAUCCUUCGCGGAGAAGAUCAUCUCGGCAUUGAAAGUUCCAUUUCGGCCGGGUUGCCUAAGGUCUAA